AUGCACUUAUCUGAACAGGCGGGGACGUACCAGGCGAGCGUAACAAGCACAUUCAAUGCCACCUUGAUUGGACCCUCGGAUACGACGAUACGUCGAAGCCGGCGUCAUCCCAUUGCCAGUGAUCGCCAAACGAUUCGAUUACCUCCGCCUCGUCGAAUUUCACCAGUUCUCCGAAAAUACUUCACAAAAUCUGGGCCUAAAGCAUCAUAUGCAACUUUGGGAACAAAGAUUGUCGAUCCUCUGCAGCUUAGUGAGUGCGUGUACGCUGAGAAUUACGCUUUGCAGAAGCUGACCGGUGUCUUAUUACCCGAUCGCGUCAUUAUUUACACGUUUCUCGAGGCUGGAGAGCACAAGGAAGGAGAAAUGUUGCAGGAUCCUAAGAGUGUCGACCGGUCGGUCGUUAAUUCAUUGAGCUCAGGUGAUAAGAACAAGGAGGAGGAUGAGGAGAACGAUGAGGAUAAGGAAGAUGAGGACCAAGAUGAUGAGGAGCAUGAUAAGGAUAAGGAGAAGCAGGAUAAGGAUGAGGGGGAGCAGAAUAAGGAGGAUGAGGAGGAGCAGAAUGAGGAGGAUAAGAAGGAUGGGGAGGAGGAUGAGGAGCAGGAUGAAGAAGAGCAGGAGGGUUCAAAUAAAAAGAUCCCAUUUAGGAGAAAUUAA